GCAACUGGCUGAAGCGACUCAGCGACAGAGAGCAGCUCAUCAUCUGAGACAACGAGACGGCUGAGAGAGCCACUCCGGUCUGUCUGUGAGGUGGUCGAGCACAGCCUGAUUCAAACAGUUCACACCGAACACACACCCAGCACAGCAGGAGGAUGGCGGUGAAUGUCUACUCCACCUCUAUGAACGUAGAGAACCUCAGUCGUCAUGACAUGCUGGCGUGGGUGAACGACUCGCUGCAGCUCACCUACACGAAGAUCGAGCAGCUCUGUUCAGGCACUGCUUACUGCCAGUUCAUGGACAUGCUGUUUCCAGGCUGCAUACUGCUGAAGAAAGUCAAAUUCAACUCCAAAUUGGAACAUGAAUACAUCCACAAUUUCAAGGUUUUACAGGCUGCGUUCAAGAGAAUGAAUGUGGACAAGAUCAUCCCGGUGGAGAAGUUGGUGAAGGGCAAAUUCCAAGACAACUUUGAGUUCCUCCAGUGGUUCAAGAGGUUUUUCGACGCCAACUACGACGGCAAAGAAUACGACCCCGUCCUCACGCGACAGGGUCAGGAGGGAUCGGCGCAUCCAUCCAGCAUAGCCUCCAUGAGAACGUCGCCAACAACACCCAAGAGCGUCCCCACUCCGCAGAGGCCGGCCAACGUACCGGCGGCCCGCAGGAACCCUCCCGUGACCCGCAACGGAGGAGACGCCGACCUCAUGGAGCUCCACCAGCAGGUGCUGGAACUGAAGCAGUCUGUGGACGGACUGGAGAAGGAGAGGGACUUUUACUUUGGAAAGCUGCGAGACAUCGAGCUCAUCUGUCAAGAAAACGAAAGCGAGAGCAGCCCCCUCCUGAGCAAAAUCCUAGACGUACUGUACGCGACAGAGGAGGGAUUUGCGCCGCCAGAGGAUGAGGAGAUCGACGAGGGAGCAGGACCAGGUGCGGAACAGGACGAGUUCUGAACUCUUUUCCUCAUCAUCACAAAUCAUCAGUUUGUCCCACUCUCAUCUCUCACCCCUUUAACCAAACCUCAUCAUUAUUCUCAUCUGUCCUUUUUAUUUUUAUUUACCCGCCCCCACUCAUACGUCGUCUUAACUCUUUGUUUUUGUAAAGCCUAGCUUCCCAAACUCGCCCUUGCAAACAAAAGGACACUAAACCUGGACUUGUCUGGACUAAAGGACUUGUCUCACUCGACUUACUCUUAAUAGAGAGGGGGGAGAACGCGGCACUACUGGGGGGAGGGGGGGGGGUCUACUUUAAGUCUUUCAGAGGUUCAACAUGAACGGUAAUGUGAUUACAGGGUUUUCAGUGCUGACAGUCGGAGCCGACAGUUGCUAUAACGAUGUGUCGAAAUCUUGCAGGAGGUCACUUUCUGUCUCUGUCCACUCUGACCGGUGACACACACAAACACACACACACACACACAGGGAUCAGGGUUUAUAUAUGAAACCACACAAUAUUUUCUGCACAUUGUGUUCGGUUUUGGGCAGAAGAUUUCACUCAAGUGAGAUUAUGAACGGUUUUAAAUCCCCUUCUGGAGGAGAGGCCUGCACACACACACACACACACACACACACAGACGUCAUAUAAGUGUAUAUACAUAUACAUAUAUAUGUGUAGAUAUAGAUAUAUAUCUAUAUAUGUAUAGAUAUAUAUCUAUAUAUAUAUAGAUAUAUAUAUACAUAUAUAUAGAUAUGAUAAAAACAUAUCAGAUUGUAUGAAAUUUCUCAUAUUCCCGUUCUCAUUCGUCAAAACACAGAUGGAUUUGCUCUUCUGACAGCUUGUUUUACGAGACAGCAUGAUGUAUUUAUGUUUUUAUUUAUUUAAUUUUUUUUUUAAUCUGCUCUUCAAAGUUUCUGAAAACAGUGUUGGAUUCUUUUUGGAUUUGAAAAAUGCAGUAAAUGUAGCAAAAAAAGAUAAAAAAUGAUCCACAAUGCCAACAACGCAGUGACUGGCUGUUUGCCAGGGACACACAGGAAAAUGCCGUUUUAUAUUAUGUCUAUUUCUUUUAUUAUUUUUUAAAUUUGCACUGAAUUUGUCCACGGCCAAGUCAGACAUUGGUAGUGUAAAGAACCAGUGUAAAGAAAAAUUAUUUAUCAGACAAACGUCAGGAUUUUGAAAUUCUAUGAAUGAACAAAUGUAAAAUAAUGAUAAAAAAAAAAGGUAAGACAACAGACUGACAACACUAAUGUUUGACUGUGUUGAUUGAGUUAAACAUUUUAGCUGCUAUCCUUCUCCUUUUCAUUUGCCGUAUUUAAUUAACAAUGAGUUUAUUUGCAUGGGGGGGUCAAACAUGGUGUGAGAACAAAAACAUCGAACACUUGUUGUUUUUUGUUAUAGCAGCCUUGUGAUAAACCGACAUCGUUUGGAGUUACAGCUGGAAUGCAAUAAAGUUCUGAGGUUCAAGAA